AUGGCAGAUGUCCAGAAGGGCGGCAGAAUCGUGCCUAUAAUUGCCCCUCAUCAUCAUAGCCUCUCUGACGGGAGCCUGGUAAACGAAAUCAAACCCGGGAAGCGGCAACCACAAGAGCUUCUCCAGGACUCCCGGCCUCGAGAGCCAAAGAAUAGACGCGGCAGGGUAGACACAGAAUGCUUGGAGCUUCCUUGUCUCAGUCAAAUGGGGCUCUAUGCUCUUCCCACUGAGGGCGAUGGUAAUUGCCUAUAUUAUGCGCUGUCAGACCAAUUGUACGGAGACUUCACCUAUGCCGACCGCAUCCGAACACAACUUGCAGACCACAUCUCCGCCAACCGAGAAUACUUCAUGAGCUUCAUAGCCGCCGCUGGUGGGGAGCGCAGAGCCCCUAGGCGGGCCGCGGCUGAAGCCGCCAGGAAUUCUUACUGCUCUUCUUCGUCCGCCAGCCCUGCGCCAAACCCGUCAAGUAAAGAUAAAGAACGAAGCUUUGAUUCCAAAGUGGCCGAGUCACGAAAGAACGGUGUAUGGGGAGGAGCGGAGGAAAUACAGGCUUUCUGUCAGUCCUUCAAGAAGGAUGUCAACGUCUACACUAUGUAUGGCAUUCAGACUUUCCGUGACGUCCAUGCACCAGCAGACGAGGAAAGAGAAAUCGUACACAUUGCCUUUCAUGAUUUCCACCACUAUUCCUCAGUACGCCAUUCUCAUGGCCCGCAUACGGGCCUCCCGUGUAUCCCAAAACUCAACAAAGCAACACAUAUCAGCGAGACCUCAUCUGACAGUCCGGUAGUCAGCAUGGCUUCUCCGUGGAAGAUAUCAGUCAUACAGGAAGGCUUUGGAGGCAAGUAUGACAGGGAAACCAUUGUAGGAGUGCUUGAAGAAUGUCGAGGAAACAUCGACAAUGCAUUCAUGAACCUGCUUGGCGAGGAUGCCAACGCUCAACCAGUCGAAGCUACAGCUUCCCGAGCUAUUAUGAAAUCUCGGUUUCAGCCUUCCUCGCGUUCUUCGUCUCCCUUCAGCACCGGCAGCAAGCGCUCAGCAGAUGACAGCGAUGAGGAGGAGAAUCCUCGACCAGCGUCGCGACGUGUCCGAGCACGUGAGCAAAAGCGACGUAUACUCCCAGAUGUCACCGUCGGAAUAGCGUUCAGAGACGAUCAGAAUGACAUGGUCUCCCUUCGUCUUCGGGUGAGCCCCGAGAAAUGCGUUCCUACGCCUUCAGUAGAAGAAAGCAAAGAUCUGUCAAAAACCAGCUCUUCCGAGGCCCAUGAAACAAGCUCAAUCCACCCAAAGAAGGGCAGAAGAUUAAAGCUGAGAAGCAAGCAAAUUGCAGAAUCGAGUGAGACGUCUUCAAGCCAGCAGAGCGAAUCCAGCCUGGCCGAGCAAAAAUUACGCCGAAGUCAACGCUUUACACGGAGCCGUACUGGCUCGUGA